CUAGAAUGGAAGAGGGAAGUGACGUACGAAAACAAACGGCAAAGAUGGCGUCAAAUUCACAACGGAUAUCGAGACAAACAUCUGGGACAACAGACUAGAAUCAGUAAGUCUGGACAGAGUAUCCUCUCUGACCUGACAUUAUGCCAACGGAAAGACCGGCGACAGUCACUUCGGAGCGGCUCCGGUAUCAUGACCGACCCAGACGGAAGGACAGUGGGCAGUCCAAGCCCUCCCUGCGGGCCUCACACCCCCGAUCAGCGGCUACUGCAGCCAAGUGCUGCGAGGAUGAGAUCAACAGACUGAAGGAGAUAAUCUGUGCUCUGCAGGCUGAGCGUCAGCAACAGCGCUCCAGGGAAGAGGAGGGGGACAGGCUGGAGGUUGUUGGACAGGAACCGCGGGGGCCCGAGGAGCUACGAUGGAGGGUCAACCAGCUGGAGAGAGACAAGCUGGAACUAACCUCCAAACACAACGAGCAGGUAUCCUCUCUAGAGGGCCAGGUGGCCAGGCUGAGAGCAGCACUGAGAGAGGAGAGGCACAGAGACAGACUCUUGAGUACGAUAUGGCUGUAG